CUCAUUUUCCAUGUAAAUAUCUAAUCUCCAGACCAAAAUUUCAUCUUUUCUUCUACACUAUUUCCCGUUUCGGGCCAAUCACAUCAUUGCCAUAUUCAUUCAACAGACGAAUAAAAAGUUCCAUCGUCAAGCAGGCAACGCAUACAAUUCAAACACCCAAGUUAUAACAGGACCACCAAACCGUCGAAAAUGGUUAUCUGCGAGAAUGUUCUGUACACCAAGGCUAGCGCCGGACAGUUAUGUAAGGCUCUGGUCCUCAGGCUGGUGACGAAUCCCCUCGUCGUCCAGUUUGCUAGGAACGCCGGCUUCGAUGUUGUGUGGGUCGAGAUGGAGCACUCGACCUACUCUAUUACUGAGGCCAGUAUGCUCGCGAGCGCGGCCAUGAUGGCCGGCAUGACGCCCAUUGUUCGCGUGCCGUACCAGUGCGGCAUGGGUUACGUUCAGCAGGUCCUGGACUCUGGGGCCAUGGCGGUCGUCUUCCCGCACAUAGUCUCGGCUGCGGAGGCCAAGGCAGCCGUCAAGAUGUGCAAGUUCCCCCCGUAUGGGAAGCGGUCGCUGUGGCUCCAGCAGGCUGCCGUGGGCCUCCGUACCAUGCCGAUGCAGAUUAUGGCGGACGAGGUCAACUCAUGCGCGUCGGCUGUGGGUGUCAUGAUCGAGGCCGAAGAGAGUAUUACAAACGUCGACGCCAUUGCGGCGGUUGACGGCGUCGACAUUCUCAUAGUCGGCUGUAUCGACCUGUCGAGUGAUAUGGGUAUACCCGGCCAAGUUGAUGCACCUAAGUUUAGGGCUGCGCUCAAGGCUGUCAGCGUGGCAUGCAAGCGCCACAACAAGGUCUUCGGACUGGCUGGUAACUAUAAGGACCUCGACUUCCAGGACUGGGUCAUUAACACUCUAGGGGUUCGUCUGAUACUGGCUCAUGUGGACUCGAACCUCAUCUCGGUCGGCGCGAUGGAAUGUGCAGAGAGGAUAGCCUCCAUUGAUCGAACCGUUCUGCCUAACUAGGAAAUGGAUUGUGGGUGGAGUCACGGGAACAUGAUUAUAGAAAUAGGAGUCUUCGUUAUAUGUUAGAUUUUCGUAAGAUAGAGAGAAACAAUUGAACAAAGGCAGACUAGUCAACGCUGG